GACAGUAGUGAGGCAGCAGAUGGAGCUGGCCCCUGGGAUGAAGAAGUCACCAAGUGGUGGGGAGAGUGGAGCUCCUGGUCCACCUGCUCCCGGUCCUGCGGGGGAGGCGUGAUGUCCCGGGAGAGGCACUGCUUACAACAGAGGCUCCAGAUGCCCCAGGGAACAAACAGCACCAUGUGUGUUGGACAAGCCAAGCACUACCAACUGUGCCAGCAGCAGCCCUGCCCAGCCAACACAGCAAGCUUCAAACAGCAGCAGUGCUCCAGUUUCAAUGCCAAAGCCUUUGGGAAGCGCUACUACCACUGGAUGCCCCUCUAUCCAGAUGACUACACCAGUAUCUCCAACAAGCCAUGCGACCUCCAGUGCACCACCCAGAGUGGAGAGAGGCAGCUGAUGGCUCGAGCACAGGAUGGUACCUCCUGCAAGGACAGGACCUAUCAAGGGGUCUGCAUCAAUGGGAAGUGUGAGCCAGUUGGGUGCGAUGGGAGCCUGUACUCACCCCGGACAAUGGACAGAUGCAGGGUGUGUGGAGGGGACGGCAGCACUUGCCACCGUGUCUCGGGCAGCUUCCGAAAGGCAAUCUCACAGAUAGGGUAUGUGUUCAUCACCAACAUCCCUGCCGGUGCCACAGACAUCCUCAUCAUUGAGCGCAGGAAAACAGAAAACAUCCUAGCACUCGCAGAUGAAUCUGGGCAUUUCUUCUUCAACGGCAACUCCGCCAUUGACAACCCACAGAACUUCAGGGUAGCUGGCACGAUCUUCAAGUACCGGCGGCCCUUGAGCCUGAACUCGGAUGGACUGGAGUAUAUCAUAGCUCAGGGGCCCACUAACCAGUCCCUGAAUGCCAUGUACUAUAACUUUAAUGGGAAAAUGCCACACAUAACUUAUGACUACACUGUACCACAGACACCACCUCUGCGAACUGCAGCCCCUGCUGUAGACAGACUUCUCUAUCAUCACCUACCAGAGACCAGCCAGCACCAUCCCAUUCCAGCCAACUCCAGAGCUGCCCAGGACUUCAAUGCCACAUGGCUCUCCCUCUCACCAGAUGACACCAGUGAACAGCUUCCUCCAAGAGGAGGACAUGAAGAUUUAGGCUUCGGUCACCCGCACUUCUUCCAGACCAACUCCACCAGUCAGACUCAGGACUGGGGCUGGGAACAAGGUGAAGAGAAGGAGAAGUAUGACUUCCAGAUAAGACAGGUCUACCAUGCAAACAUAGCAGGAGAGGAAGAGGAGGAAGAAGCAGCAGCAGUUGGUGGAGAAAGAGAGGAGCUGCAGCACCUGGCAGCCAGGCUGGCCCCGAGGAACUCCACAGCAGGACUAUGGACCGAGAUGGGUGCCCAGUGGCCACAGGGCCUCCACAAAGCGCCGGCCCCUAAGAACUCACUGGAGGACUUGAAAGUGGAGGCAUUUGCUGGGAGUCAGGGGGAAGCAGCCAACUACAGCAUGAUGGCACCUGUGGAGAACCCUCUGCUAGGUGCCAGCCCAACCGUGGACAUCAGCCAGGCAGAGCCUCUGCAAGCCCCUGGCACUGAAAGCAAUGAGUUUGACGUGAGGCCCAUGGGCCAUGACGACAUUAGCUUGGCUGACAUGUAUCGAUGGAAAGUCUCAGCUUAUGCCCCCUGCAGCUCCACGUGCACUUCAGGUAUCAGCACCUCCUAUGCAAUGUGUGUCCGGUACGACGGAGUGGAAGUGGAUGAAACGUACUGUGAUGCCCUAACCCGACCAGAACCUACUCAUGAAUUUUGCACAGGGAGAGAUUGCCAGCCUAGGUGGGAGACCAGCCGGUGGAGCGAAUGCUCCAGAACCUGUGGUGAGGGCUAUCAGUACCGCACCGUGCGUUGCUGGAAGAUGCUGGCUCCAGGCUUUGACAGCUCCGUUUAUGAUGACCUCUGUGAGUCAGCUGGGCUGGCCAGGCCCAUGGAGAGGAAAGCCUGCAAGAACAAGGCCUGUGGGCCCCAGUGGGAGCUUUCCGAGUGGUCCGAGUGUUCGGCCCGGUGUGGCACGCAGGGGACAAUGAAGCGGGAGGUACGCUGCUCAGUGGAAGCACCGCUCUGCGACGAGUCCUGGAAGCCCAGCAGCGAGAAGGCAUGCACAGGCCCACCCUGCGACCGCCGCUGGACUGCUUCAGAUUGGGGCCCGUGCUCAGGUUCGUGUGGCAAAGGACGCAUGAGCCGCUUCAUCACGUGUCGCAACCUGGAGGGCAAAGUGAUCUCGAACUCGCAGUGUGACCCAGCCACCAAGCCCCUGGCUGUCCAUCCGUGUGGAGACAAGAACUGUCCCGCACACUGGGUGGAGCAGGAGUGGGACCAGUGUGAUGCCAGCUGUGGGAGAGGGACAAAGACCCGGGUCAUUUUGUGUGCAGGCCUGGAGAAUGGUGUGUACAGGGAGUACCCUGAGAAGCACUGUGAAGCCGCCCAGAAACCUGAGGAACAAGCUGCCUGUUUCAGGAGACCAUGUUCAACGUGGUUCACUACCUCCUGGUCUCAGUGCAGCAAGACAUGUGGUGCUGGUGUGCGGCUGCGUGAGGUGAAGUGUUACCAGGGGGAAGUGCUGGCUCAGGGCUGUGACCCCACUUCCAAACCAGAAGCCAGGCAGACGUGCCAGCUCCAGCCAUGCCCCACAGAGGCACCAGAAGAUGACUGUGAUGACAAAGCAACGGCCAACUGUGUGCUGGUGCUGAAGGUGAAGCUGUGCUCUCACUGGUACUACAGGAAGGCUUGCUGCCGGUCAUGUCGGCUCAAGUCACCCUGACUGCUGCCAGGCCCUACUUCCCUUCCAAGUUCAGGGGCAAGAGCCCCCUCAAGCCAGACUUUACCACUUGAAGCCAUCCGACUUGGCUUGACUGUGGAGCCAGUCACUGUAGACCAGCCUGCUCAGCGAGGAAUGAUUCCUAGGACUUAGUCAUCACUGUUCCCUCUCCACCAAGAGGAUUUUACACAAGACAAACCAUCAGUUCCUAGAAAGCUACUGAGAAGUGAGUUGGGAAAGCCUGUCCCUGCUGUUGUCAUCUCUGACGAGCUCUAGUUGGAGGCGGUGGGGCGCAGAGGCCAGCCUGCAGCAGGGCAUGGACGACAGCAGCCGUCUCUCUGGUCUGCCCUGCAGAUUUUUCUACUACAAGGGCAACUUCCA